ACGUCCUGAGUGUGUCAACGAUUUUGCAUUUUUUUUCUAAGCGCAUGAGUAGAAAAAGAGACAAACCAAGUAUCCUUAAUACAUUUACUACAGUUGGAGUAUGGAAUGGGUACCAUCUUCUAUCUCGCUGCACCUUUCCCUAUCUCACCCAAAUUUUGCGUCCUCCCCUACAUGUGUGUCAACAAUUUAGCAUUUUUUGUACGCACAUGAGUAGAAAUAGAGACAAACCAACUAUCCUUAAACAACGAAACUGUGGUAGAUGACCCCUUUUACUUUUGCACCACCUAAACCAUUUUGUAACUUUUGCACCAGCUAGUAUUAUUGCCAACGGUUGUGAUUAUUUCACAAUAAUAGCUGCUGGAUCAUGUGAGUCGCAAGCCAAUGGAGCAAGAUUUUGUCAAAGCACAUGAACAUCCUUCAAAGAACCGCUACCCUGACCACCUUCCUUAUGUGGAGUUCAUGCCAUGCCUGAAACCAAUUGAAAGAGAAGGCUCCUACAUCAAUGCAAGUUUUAUCGAUGGAUAUAAGCACCACAGGGCCUACAUUGCGACACAGGCUCCAUUGCAGAGCACGGUGGGAGACAUGUGGAGAAUGAUGUGGGAGGUGAAGAGCAAGGUUAUGGUGCUGCUGUGUGCCUUCGAAGAGGAUGGCCACGAGGCUUGUCAUCCAUUUUGGCCCCAAAACGAGGGGGACACUGCGAAGUACGGGAGGGUGACUGUCACUCUCCAGUCAGAGAUCCUUAUGGGGAACUUUGCCUCACGAACACUACUGCUGAAGGGAGACCAGGUGGUUGGUCAAGAGGGAGAAGGGAGAGUGGUGACCCAGUUCCACAUAGACUGGCCAGAGCACAGCCAACCAGUCUCCACUGCCUCAGUCCUGGAGCUGUUGGAUGUGGUCACAAAGGCCCAGAUGAACUCUGGAACUAGACCCAUCACUGUCCUUUGCAAUGAUGGAGUGGGUCGAACUGGAACCUUCAUCUGUCUUCAUUCUCAGUUGGAGAGACUCAAGACAGAGGGUGUGGUGGACUUCUUUCAGGCUGUCAAGUAUGCUCGCAUCCACAGAGCAGGACUUGUCCAAAAUGCUGAGCAGUAUGCUUAUGGCCACGAGGUUUUGGCUGACUUUGUACACAGUUAUGACAACUAUGCUAACUUCAAGGAACUUGUGUAGAUCGUGUGUCCAGUGACACUUUGUACACAAUACAUAAGUUGUGUUGUGUAGGUAUGCUACUGACAGGUCUCAGUUUUUGAGAGUAGCUAUGUGUGUGUAUUUUGAGCUAUAUUAUAGCAGCAGUUAUUAUGUGUAUCACUGUAUACAGUGGUGGGAUUGUCUGUGUUCUGCCCCUGAGGGCUUCUCACAUCAAGUGGUUUGAAUCCCUAU